AUGUUCGCCAGUGCACUCCUGGGGCCUCAUGAUAUAACCACCCUUAUCCGGGACACCGAGGCCCAUGAACGUGCUCUUUUCUCUGCUGACCCCUCUACAAACAGCACGAAGCAUCGACGGGCGACCCGGAGAGGCACGAUGUUCCCCACAGAAGGAGAAAAGGAAACAAUGGUUAGCCGAAUCCAUUCCGCCAAAAACCACCGGAAUCAAUCGGCUGUUGCACGGGUGCUGGGAGGUGAUAUGAUGGAGGCAAUCAGAAAAUCUGCGAAUGCGCCUUCGCACCGGACCAACCGGGGAGAGAUGAACAUCGAGAUCCUGUUACGGGGCGCUGAGAUGCUUUGCAAAGUUUAUCCAGUUGCGGGAGCCAAAGAGAAAAUAGCAUCUCUCAGGCAACGCUAUCAAGAAGUAUCCGAAUCGGUAGCCCGCCUAGAAGAGCGUGUUUCCUACCAAACAGAGCAAUUGGAGCAAAUGAAUCUUUCGGGCUCAUAUCGCAGUGACUACUAUGACACUCAACAACCGGAGCCAGUACAGCAGCAUACGGCGGAUAUCACAGAUGAGGAUAUCGAGCGUGAACUUGAGGAGAUCCGGGAGCUGGAGCUUCGGAAGCGAACCCUUGAAAAUCGGGUCAGUGGGAUGGAGAGAGAUCUAGGAGGUCUUCUGCGAUAG